AUGGGGGUCAUAGAUUGGACNAAGCCACGACUUGAAUGGUCUUUCGUUGAAUUUGGAGGCAAAAAUAUAACCGAUCUUCGUUCUUAUUCGAAUGUUAUUUUCACCAACGGAAAUCUCGAUCCAUGGUCAGCUGGUGGCAUCAACUCAAGCAUUACUUCUAGUCUUCCAGCGAUUUUGAUCAAUGGUGGCGCUCAUCAUCUCGAUUUGCGUGCAGCAAAUCCGGACGACCCUGAAAGUGUUAUCAAUGCUCGUCAACAAAUAGUUACAUUAAUUCAACGAUGGAUAUCUUAA